AUGAACUGUGAAACGAAGCAUGCAUUGCAUUGUGCAGCAUUGCUUGCGUGGAUCUUAGGAUUUGCGUACUUCUGUGGAGUAUUUACCGAACCUCAUUCUGCAGUAACACUAAGUCCAUUUGAGAGUUAUGGUUACACUUGGACAACGUUUUUGUAUCUAUUGCGAUUCACAGCAUUAUUGGUACUACCGCAGUGCCUCUGCAAUCUACUUGGUCUUGUUUUAUUCAAUGCAUUUAGGGAAAAGGUUCCACUGAAAGCUGCUCCAUUGCUAUCCCCAUUUGUAUGUUUUCGAGUGGUAACAAAAGGCCACUUUCCUCUUUUAGUUAAGGAAAACAUAGCAACUAAUAUGAAGACAUGUUACGACUCAGGGAUGGAAAAUUUUAUAUUUGAGGUAGUUACUGACAAUGCGAUUAAUUUACCGCCACAACCCCGAGUUCGAGAGGUGGUGGUGCCCACAUCGUAUCGAACAAAGAGCGGAGCAAAAUUCAAAGCACGAGCUCUUCAAUACUGUCUCGAGGAUGACGUCAACAUCCUACAAAAUAACGAUUGGAUUGUCCACUUGGACGAAGAGACAUUACUGACCACGAAUGCGAUAUGUGGCAUACUGAAUUUUUGUGAAGAUGGUCAACACCAAUUUGGCCAAGGAGUGAUCACCUACGCAAGCGGAGAAAUUGUGAACUGGCUAACAACGCUUUCCGAUUCUUUCAGAGUUGCUGACGAUAUGGGAAAGUUGAGACUGCAAUUUAAACUUUUCCAUAAACCACUCUUCGGUUGGAAAGGCUCAUUCGUCGUUACACAAGUUGCCGCGGAACGGAAUGUCUCCUAUGACCAUGGAAUGGAGGGGUCAAUAGCAGAAGACUGUUUUUUCUCGAUGAUCGCAAUGAAGCACGGGUAUACAUUCGACUUUAUAGAAGGCGAGAUGCACGAGAAAAGUCCCUUCACCAUGUGGGAUUUCCUGCAACAGCGGAAGCGAUGGCUCCAAGGCAUCCUCCUAACGGUCCAUUCACCGAGGAUUGCGCUGACUCAUAAGGCGCUCCUUGCUCUGUCACUGUAUGCGUGGGCAACGAUGCCGUUAACAUCACUUCAGGUUUUUCUUUGCCCUUUGUUUCCGCUUCCUCGUUGUCUACCAUUCGAUUUCGCGUUAUCUUUCGUUGGUGCUGUGAAUUUGUAUAUGUACAUAUUCGGAGUGGUGAAAUCCUUCUCGCAUAAGUACAGGAAUAGUGCCUGGCGGCUGGCGCUCUACUUAACAGGAGCUUUAAUGACGAUUCCGUUCAAUGUGAUCAUUGAAAACGCAGCGGUUCUGGUUGGGAUGUGUGGACGAAAAGAUCAAUUCUACAUAGUAAACAAAGAUGUUCAAACAGUAUAG